AUAUAAAUUUUCGUUAACGCUGACGCUCGAUGUCACACUUUGCGUUACGCUGUUUCUAUCUCGCCCGUUCUGCCUUCGCUGCCGUAUAACACCAUCACGCUCGCACGACCGCACGACGAAUACCCCUACCAUCGUGAGCACGACCAACGCUGCAGGGGUGCUCAACCGUUUCCUCGCUUUCCGAACUCGACCGAGCAGUGCGCACACUAUCGACUCGCCCUUGCGAGCCCCUGCCAGCGCAUGCGCGUACGAGCAAGCGAGCGAGCGAGCGAACGAUCGAGUUGGCUACGCGAUAUGAUAUAUUUUUUGACAAAACGAAUAUCGUUUAUUAAUACGGUUAUAGGUGCGAUUUACACUUUUUUAAGUUGAUUUCCAGUUUUUUUAGUUUAGUUUGAGUAUUAGGUUAAUUUCUUUAGGUGCGCAUGGUGAAGUAUAGUGUAGUGUAGUUUAGAAAAGUGUUGUGUAUUGUAGUGUAGUUUAGUACGCAGGGCAGUGUAGAUUUAGUGUAAGGAGAUUAUUUUCGUAACGUACGUUUCGUGUACGUUUUGUGGUUCAAUUUGUUGUUCCUGCGUGGAACGUGUGUUCCUGUGUUCCUGUGUUCCUGUGUUUCUGUGUUCCGGCGUUUUCUUGCAAUUCUGUUUUUGCUACGAUAUGGAGCAUAAUGAGGAAAGUGUGGGCAACGGUUGCCCUAUGAUUGACAUCAUGUCAGCCCCAGUUACAGAACCCUAUCCACAAACCAUGCAGCCCUCCGUAAGUGAUAUCGUCUCACAGAAUCUCACUCCACCGGAAGAAACUCCGAACGAAAAGAAAGCAAGGCUUCAAAGGAAGCGACAGGCGUUGUACAGGGCCAAGAAGCGCCUCCCGGGUGCAGCUCCUACGCUGGCAGCUGUACAGGACGACCAACAGGCUGUACCUUCAACUUUGGCCGGGUCAUCCUUAUCAGCAGCUUCUGCAAUCCUGCAACAACAACAACGAAGGAAUACGGACGACGAAUUGCUCAAUGAAAUCGCUGGACGAUACUCCACCCCACCGGAUGAAACACCACCCGAGAAGAAGGCAAGGCUCGCCAGAAAGCGACAAGCGCUGUACAGGGCCAAGAAGCGCCUCGCGGGAGCAGCUCCUACGGUGGCAGCUGUACAGGACGACCAACAGGCUGUACCGUCUACUUCGGCCGGGACAUCCUUAUCAGGAGCUCCAGCAAUCUUGCAACAACAACAACUACGAAGGAAUAUUGACGAUGAUUUGCUCAAUGAAAUCGCUGGACGGUACUCCACCCCACCGGAUGAAACACCACCCGAGAAGAAGGCAAGGCUCGCCAGAAAGCGACAGGCACUGUACAAUGCCAGGAAGCGCAUGGUGCAAACUCCGAAUGUCGCAACUGUGGUCAACCGCGCCCCAGCACCAGCAUCAGCACCAGUACCAGCACCAGCACCAGCACCAACACCAGCAUUGGUAGACCCAACUGCAGCAGUUGCUAUCCGAGUGCCAAUACAUCAGCAGCUACAAACAUACGUGCGCCAUCUUCGCGACCAUGAAGCAGAUCAGCAGCGACAAUUCAUAGCCCGGCGUCGUAUGACCGGCCAUCUGAGAGUAGCACAUGGGAACCAUGAGUCGUACAGUUGUCCCUCGCUUCAUACGCUUGCACCACGCGUACCUUGCAAUUUCUGUUCCGCUCUCAAGUGGCCUGGAGAGCCGCCCAGUGUGUGCUGCAACAGUGGACAAGUUGUGCUUCCACCGUUUCCCGAACCGCCAGCAGAGUUGCGCCAACUAUUUGACGUGCCGCAAUUUCUGCUCAACAUCCGGCGAUACAAUAAUGCGUUUGCCUUCACCUCUAUCGGUGCCUCAAUACGAGGAAAUGACCCAGUACGCCAGGAUCUACGAGUCGGUCACGGUGGAAUUUACAACUAUCGCAUACAAGGUGCGCUUUGCCAUCGAAUCGGUUCGCUCGCUGUGCUUCCAGGACGUCCACCAUGCUACGCACAGCUGUACUUUUAUGAUUCAAGCUCGGAGGGUCAGUACGACGAAAUGCUGAACGCUCGGGCCAUAGCAUAUGGUAGUGAGCUGAAUCGUGAAAUAUUGGCCAUUUUGCAACGUGUUUUUUCGACUCACAAUCCGAUUGCAGAGAUGUUUAAGCAUGCGUACGAACGGAUGUCUGUUCGAGAUGAUCUGCGGCUUUGCAUCCACUCGCGUAUACCAGGCAUCGAUCAACGGCGUUACAAUGCACCGACUGCAGAUGAAGUUGGUGGCGUGUUCGUGUGCGAUGAUACUACCGGAGCCACGGAACAUACACGCGAUAUUGUGCUGCAGCAUCGUGCCACAGGAUACUUGCAGCCUGUGUUUGAUACCAACCAGUUGGCAGAUGCACUCCAAUACCCGAUUCUGUUUCCGCGGGGUGAAACCGGUUGGACUUACGGUAUGCCAAAGGUACAGCGCCGAACCAGACAGCAGCAACAACCAAGCAGACCAACAAGUUCGAGCAACGGAGCGGCGCACAUAGAUGAAAAUGAUGAUGCUGCUGAGGAUCCUAAUCCUGAGUUGGAUGGAGCAGAGCGUUCAGCAAAUCAAAUAACGCCACGCGAAUAUGCCGCAUAUCGCAUAGCCUGGCGGGAAAACGCUCAAACGCUUAUGCAUCGUGCCGGACGAUUGUUUCAGCAGUACUGUGUAGACCAGUACUGUAAGAUAGAGAUGCAGCGGUUGAAAUAUUUGCGAGAGCACCAGGCACAACUUCGCACUGAGGCGUACACGGGCUUUAUGGAUCUUGCCGGCGCUGAAGGUACUAUCGCGGAUCUUCAUCCCGAUAAUUUGCCUAAUGUGGCUGUGGAAAUCCCUGUAGUGCAAGAACCACCUGUUGCACCCCGUCGUUCCAUCAUCGAUCCGCCCUCGAACCUGUCGCGUACGGGCACGCGUGUUAUUCUCGGACCAUCAUUUGUCGGUAGCAAUCGAUAUAUGCGAGCGCAAUAUCAAGACGCAAUGGCUAUUGUUCGAGCUUUGGGUAAACCGGACCUGUUUAUCACCGUCACGUGCAAUCCGAAGUGGCCGGAAAUCACACAGUGCCUACUUCCACGUCAGCAGGCCCCGGAUCGACCCGAUGUUAUCGUACGUGUCUUUCGGUUAAAGCUGAAAGCCAUACUGAAUGACCUAACCAUGGGAGCUCUCGGGAUUGAGGUAGCUCGCAUUCACGUGAUCGAGUUCCAAAAACGUGGCCUUCCCCAUGCACACAUACUCGUGAUUCUCGCCGAGGAAGACAAACCGCAGACCCCGGCAGACUACGACAAGAUCGUGUCUGCCGAACUUCCUAAUCCUGCAACGUCGUCGCAACUGUUCGAGACGGUACAGAGCUGUAUGAUGCAUGGACCGUGUGGGGCUGCCAAUCCUGCCGCACCUUGCAUGAAGGAUGGUACAUGCGAAAAAGGGUUCCCAAAGUCAUUCUGCGAACAGACGCGCAGCAUGGAUAAUGGCUAUCCACAGUACCGUCGUCGUAACAAUGGGCGCAGUGUGACGGUGAAAGGAAUCGAGCUGGACAACCGGUACGUCGUGCCCUACAACCCAUGGUUCACGCAUAAGUACAAUUGCCACAUCAGCGUUGAGGUGUGUACUUCGAUCAGCAGCGUGAAAUAUUUGUACAAAUACGUGUACAAGGGGCACGACCGUCUGAGCGUUACCCUGGCGGUAGGCAACGAUGAAAUUCAGCAGCAUAUCGAUGCACGCUACCUUUCACCGACGGACAGCUGCUGGCGAAUAAUGCGCUUUGAGUUGCAAGCAAAAACGCACACCGUUGUUACACUGCCUAUCCAUCUGGAAAAUCAACAGAACGUGUUUUUCCGGGCAAACGAAACCGUUUCGUGCGUAUUAAACCGUGGUAACCAUACCAUGUUGACACGAUUCUUCCAGCUGGCGGCACAUGACAACUUUGCCAGAGCGCUCCUGUACCACGAUGUCCCGACGUACUACCGGUACGCGAAACCAACUGCGAACCAGCGACUACCGUGGCAGGAACCGGGAACAAAGCACUGGAUCCGUCGCAUACGUACCGGGCACAAGACAGUGAUCGGCCGAAUGGUGUCCUGUAGCAUGCAGCUUAUGGAACGCUACUGCUUACGGUUGCUUCUUUGCUACCGCAAGGGUCCAACAUCGUACGAGGAUCUGCGUACUGUUAACGGUUCGGUGUGCGAAACGUUUCAGCAGGCUGCCAUCAACGAAGGGCUGCUUGAGGAUGAUUCCGAGUGGGAUCGUGCUCUAGAAGAAGCGGCCACUUAUCGUAUGCCCGCCCAGUUGCGCCAUUUCUUCGCACUCAUCCUUUCGUCUGGGAUGCCACAAAACCCGCGCACCCUGUGGGAAAGCUAUGCGAGUGAAAUGAGUGAAGAUUUUCACCACCGCAAUCGCGACCGGUACACGACGGAGGAAUCCGACCUGAAUAAGCUGCUACGUGAUGUUGAACACUUCCGGGCGCUGAGUGACAUCGAUCGCUACCUGCGCGGUACGACGCCAUCGAAGGAUUUGACCAGUUUCCCAGGAAUGCCUCAGCUUUCGGAGUAUGAACACGUUCAGGCACACAUCAUGGACGAUGAUGAUGUCAACGAGUUCAUUAUCGCUGAACGAUCGUAUCUGAUCACGGAUCUCGAUGCUACCCUUGCCACCGUACAUCAGCUCAACGACGAACAACGCAUGGUGUACGAAACGGUCACGGCGGCAAUCGAUCGUCAAUUAGCGACGGCGGCAAGCCAAGCGAACGCUGGUGACCAACGGUUAUUCUUCCUGGAUGGCCCUGGUGGAACGGGUAAAUCUUUUUUGGUAGAAAAGAUACUGGCACACGUCCGUCGCUGCGGAGAAAUUGCGCUAGCAACUGCAGCAAGCGGCAUAGCAGCACUGUUGCUUACAGGAGGGAAAACAGUACACUCCACGUUUAAGUUGCCGCUGGACUUAAACAAUCAUUCCACCUGUAGCAUUACGGUUCAGUCGAAACGGGCCGAAAUGCUUCGACAAACAGCACUGAUCGUUUGGGAUGAGGCGUCGAUGAGCAGUCGGUUUGCUCUCGAAGCAGUCGAUCGGACCCUGCAGGACAUAACGGGUGUGCAGCUUCCUUUCGGCGGUAAGGUGGUGCUGCUGUCCGGUGACUUUCGGCAAAUUUUACCGAUCGUACCGAAGGGCACGGAUGCACAAAUCAUCAACGAGUGCAUCAAGAAGAGCACAUUAUGGCCCCUGUUUAGGUCGCUACAAUUGCGCGAUAACAUGCGGGUACGCACGGCACCAAACGCGAACCAAGCCAGUGAGUUGCGAGAUUUUGCCAACCUUCUGCUUCGUAUCGGUGAAGGACGGCACGAUACGUUUGCAGGACUGGAUCCAUCGUUGGCAAAAAUACCGCACGAUAUGAUUGUGCCCCAUACUGCGAAUCCGACAAACGACCUUAACACCCUGAUCGACAAAAUCUACCCGGACAUGCAACGGCACUUCCAACAUCCGUCAUUCUUUUCGGAUCGGGCUAUUCUGUCGCCGCUUAACGUGGAUGUUGCCAGCGUGAACAACCUGGUCCUAGACCGAAUUCCUGGACCGGAACAGGAGUACCGUUCGGUCGAUACAUUGGUCAACCCGGAGGAACACGAGCAUCUGCAACUUCCUUCCGAAUACUUGAACACACUCAAUGUCAGCGGCAUCCCAGUGCAUCGCUUGCGGCUGAAACGAUUUGCACCAGUACUUUUAUUGCGCAAUCUUAAUUCCGACAUGGGAUUGUGUAACGGUACGCGUUUGCAAAUUGUAGGCCUAAAGCGAAACUGUUUACACGCUAAAAUUCUGACAGGCACGCGGAGAGACGAAGACGUCCUGCUUCCACGGAUCUUCUGUGACAGCAACGAUAAGGGUCACCCGUUCCAGAUCCGCCGUAAACAGUUUCCGGUGCAAGUGUGCUUUGCGAUGACCAUCAACAAGUCGCAAGGGCAAUCGCUUCACCAUUUGGGCCUAUAUCUGCCGCAAGAUGUUUUCGCCCAUGGCCAGCUAUACGUUGCACUCUCGCGGGUGACAUCACGAGCGAACAUUGCUGUGCUGAUACCGAACCCGAAACGCGCUGACGAGGAAGGUGUCUCCACAAGCAACAUCGUCUACCGAGAGGUCGUUGACAGAUGAUUCUUCUACUGAACCAGAGUGUGACUUUGAACCGGCUAUUCACUAACAAUACAUCUACCAGAACCUAGAACAAGACGGCAGCAAAAUACAAACAAUACAUGUGUACAUCUUCC